AUGCGCCAAUCUGUCGACAAAAAGGGCACCUGCCGUCGUCGCCUCGCCCGACGCGCGCGCCCCUUCCUCCCACGCCAGGCACACUGGGUGGUGAACGUGAAGGGCCCCUCGCGCGCUGACACAGAGGCCGCCUUCUCGGUGUUCGGCGAGCGUGCCCUGCCCGGCUGCGUGGCAGCCGUCCCGCAGCUGCUCGUGUCAGUCCUCGUGAAGACUCUCGGCGCGGCCGCGCAGGCGCUGCACAUGCGCGCCGCGUGCGCGCGCUGCGUCGCGCACCUCGCCGUCUGCCUCUCGCGCGGCCUCGAGCCCGGCGGCGGAGCGCCGCCACGGACGGUGGCCGCGGAGGCGGGGGCGGCGCGGCCGCAGCAGGCUGGGGCUGUCAGCCUGGAGGGGCUCUGCCGCGAGCCGGGGCUGCUGGACAAUCUGUACAGCUGCCUGAAGGCCGGGAACGACCUCAUAGCGGGCCUUCCCUCCCCCAAGGCCGCGGCCGGGCCAGAGGGGCCCGCGGCGGACGCGCUGGCGGGCGGCGGCGGCGGCAGCGGCGGGCGGGGCGCGGCGGCGGCGGUGGGCGAGGGGGACGCGGCGGAGUUGGCGGAGGCAGCGGCCAAAGCAAUCGCGGCACUGCUGAUGCCCGGGGUCCACAACCCCUGCAGCACAUCGGGUGACCCCCCACAGCCCCCUGAGGGCGCCGACUCUGCGCCCGGCGACGGCAGCGGCGGCGGCGAUGCCGCCGACGACGCGAGCGGAGGCGCGUGGGGCGCGCUGGCCGGCCUGCGCGCCGCGGUGGCCGCGGACAAGCGGUGGCGCGGGGUGCUGAAGACGGCCGCCCGCGCGCUGCAGCGGCCGGCGCAGGCGCGGCCGGCGGCGUCGUUCUUCGAGCGCCCACAGGCGGGCGGCAAACCCAAGCCGGCGGCCGCCGCGGCGGCUGCGGCGGACGCGGCCGUGAAGCGGCGCCAGGCGUACGCGUUGAUGGCGCUGCACGGUCUGGUGGGGCCGCCCGCGGCGGGCCUCGCCGGCUCCGCGGCCGCGUGGCGGCGGCGCGGCGCCGCGGCGGCGGCGGUCGUGCCCAACGACCAGAUUGCGCGCCGCUUCUUGUCGGACGUGCUGGCGGCAGCGGACCCAGAGAGCAGCAACGUGGGCGUACGCAAGUGGGCGCUGGUGGUGGCGGUCGAUCUGGUCACGCUGCCGCACGCGGCCCCGUGGCUGCUGCCGCGGCGGCCGCCGGUGGACAGCGACGCGCCGGGCGCGGCCGGCAGGGCCGAUGACGUCAUCUUGACGUGCUUCGGGCUGGCCGCUGACCUGGCGGCCUGGGCUCUCGACAGGGACGCCGCCCCCGACUCUGGCGGCGCGUACCUCCAGGCGCUAGGCCUGCGCAUGGCGUCCACGCUGUGCGGCUGCGGCGGCCGCUACAAGCGGUCGCGGGCGGGGGCGCCCGCGCGCGUGACAAAUGCUCUGGAGGCGGGGGCAGAGGGGGCGUCUCUCGUGGCGUUGCUGCAGCGGCUGGCGGACGCAUCGCCAGACACUGACCUGGGGCGGGACUGCCUCGCGGCGCUGGCGGCCAAGGCCAACAAGACGUAUGCUCUGGUGGACAGUGACGGGGACGGCUCCGCUGACAGCCUGACGGUGGUGCUGGACGGACUGGACACGCCGCAGGGCAUGGACUGGCACGACGGUGACCUGUUUGUGACAGGGUGGGACAAGGGCGGCAAAGGCAUGGUGUGGCGCGCCCGCGGCAUGGACGGCUACGCUCUCGCCGGCAAGCGCUUCCCAAACUCAAAGCUGGAGGUCGUGACUGACCGCCUGCCGCGGGCGCGCUGGCACGGGCCCAGGUACGCCCGCUUCAGCCCUGCCGAUGGACUGCUGUACGUGUCUGUGGGGGCGCCUUGCAACGUGUGCCCCGAGGACAAGUCCCCAGAGGGCAUCGUUUUCUCGACCAUCUACACCCUCAACACCACGGACGGGACGCUGGCCCUGUUUGCACGAGGGCUGCGCAAUGUGGUGGGGAUGGACUGGCAUCCCGACAGGCCCAGCCAGCUCUUCUUCACAGACCACGGUCGUGACGGUAUGGGCGACAACCUGCCUGACGACAGGCUGCAGAUGGCUCCAGCGCAGGGUGAGUUCUACGGCUUCCCCUCCUGCCACACCAACGGCAGCGGCGACCCCUACCUGCGGCCGCCGGGCCCCGGCUCUUUGACGCCAGACCCCGGGCUGAACAAAGGGCAGAAGAAGCUCAACUGCUCAGGCGCGUCUGCUGUGCGGGACAAGGGCGCCGCGUGGCUGGGUGACGCAUUCCGCCGGCCGGUGCAGGCGCUGGGGCCCCACGUCGCCCCCCUGGGGCUGCGAUUCUACCGCUGGGAGGUUGGCAAGUCGUGGCCCAGUACUUACGACCGCACCAUACUCAUCGCCGAGCACGGGAGCUGGGACCGCUCAUCCAAGAUUGGGUACCGCUUAGUGUCGAUUCGCCUAGCUGACGCCGGCGGGACCAGCGGCGACCCGCCCCUGGUGACUCAGCACGAGGAGUUCUUGACCGGAUUUGUGGGCGGUCCCAGGGGGGCGCCAAAGGCCAAACAGGUCAGCUGGGGCCGGCCGGCAGAUGUGCAGCAGCUGCCCGAUGGGUCACUGCUGAUCAGCGAUGACGGGGCGCACACGGUGUACCGCCUGCACUAUGUGGGGGACGGCGCCGCGGCGGGGCGCGGCGGCGGCGCUGUAGCAGUCCAACCUGGCAGCAGCCCUUCAGUGAUGAUGAGGCGGCCGCUGCUGGCGGUCACGAGCGGAGACGGCUGGGGGCGCCGCGGAAUGGCGGCGGGUGGCGCGCUUCGCACGGCGCUGGUUGGCUCGUUGGUGCUAUCGAUGGCCGUGCUUGCCGCUUGA